UGCUGCUCAUUACUUAAUCUAGACAGCGUUUGAUUUGUUGAGUUCACUAAAUACUCUACACACAGACAGAGAUGGCAGAAACCGCCCCAGCUGCAGCCGCCCCGCCGGCCAAAGCGCCCAAGAAGAAGUCCGCCGCCAAAGCCAAGAAAGCAGGUCCAGCCGUCGGUGAUCUGAUCGUUAAAGCCGUGUCCGCAUCCAAGGAGAGGAGCGGCGUGUCUCUCGCUGCUCUGAAGAAAGCUCUCGCCGCCGGCGGCUACGACGUGGAGAAGAAAAACUCCCGCAUCAAGCUCGCCAUCAAGAGCCUGGUGACUAAAGGCAUCCUGCUGCAGGUCAAAGGAACCGGCGCCUCCGGAUCCUUCAAGAUCAGCAAGAAGGAGACCGAGACCAAGAAGAAGCCGGCGAAGAAAGCGGCUCCUAAAGCCAAGAAACCCGCUGCUGCCAAGAAACCCGCUGCUGCCAAGAAGCCCAAGAGCGCAGCGGCAAAGAAGCCCGCCGCUAAGAAAUCCCCAAAGAAGGCCAAGAAACCCGCUGCCGCCGCCAAGAAGGCCACGAAGAGCCCCAAGAAGGCGAAGAAGCCCGCGGCGCCCAAGAAAGCAGCCAAGAGCCCCAAAAAGACCAAGGCCGCCAAACCCAAGACAGCGAAGCCUAAAGCUGCCAAGCCUAAAAAGGCAGCUCCCAAGAAGAAGUAA